UGCCUCUUCCGUGGGAGCCGCCGCUGGGAUCAGUUUCCAUAGUCUCACUCAUUUUUUUCCCUCCAAAACCCUCACCCCUCACUUUCACCUUCCCGCCAUAUCGUCCCUGAUCCUUAAUCCCUCUUCCGAUCAACUUUCCGGCGCCGGCUAAAUUAUCUCCGACGUUUCUCCGUCAGUGAUUAGAACCAAUUUUCUGCAAUAGUUUCGCGGUUCGUCGUUGUUGGAUUUUCUUUGCUGCAGAAGAAUUGAAAUGGCUUCUUCUGGGAGCGAUCCCGAGGAUAUUGAUUGUACGGAUACUGAAGUGUUUGACGGCCAUCUUUCACCGACCACCUCUUCUGGAACAACUCAUUUUUAUGACGACAAGUUUGAAACUCAAGUAGUGGAUCUUGCUGGAGAAAGUCAAGCAGUGGAUCCCAUAGAUGAUGAGUUUGAAACUCAAAUAGCGAAUCCUGCCGGAGAAACUCAAGCCUUUGAUAUUGCAGGUGAAACCCAAAUCUUGAGUCUCUGUGGUGAAACCCAACUACUCGAUGAUGAUCCUAUUCCCACUUGCAUUGAAAAUAUGGACUUCAACACUCAAAUAUUGAAUGAUUUUGAUGAUGACGUUGGCACUGAUUGCUAUGAUGAUGAAGGAACAGACACAACUGAAAUUAAUAGUGAUGAGGAUCUAUCUGGUGAUGAAUCAGCCCAAAGUUUUGACCAAUUAGUGGAUUGGGAGAAAGGCCUAUUGACCUCUCUUCCUGAACGAGACGGGAGGAAGGAUUAUGAGGAGCUCCCGGAUAAGUCGACUGAUAAAAAAUGUAAUUCAGGGCCCACACGACUUGUUUCGAUUCGUGCAGCCUCAUUGCGUGCCUCUGGUUUAGCUGCAGCCCGCAGUUCUGCCUCACAAACUAGAAACCCCUGGCCAUCUUCUGUUAUUAGUGACAAGGAUAUAGAAAAGUCAUCCUUGAAAGAUAAUCACGUUGAUCGGCAGAUCAAUCUUGGGCAAUGCUGUGCGAAUGCUGGAGAGCUAGGUAACAUUAAGUGCAGGGUUGGCAGUUCAGCAGUGAGAAAACUUUUUACUGAGGAUUCUACACCUGCUAAUGAUUUAGGAGAUCUUCAUGAAUUGACUGCAUAUGAUGGUGAUCAGUUGGCAGGGUUAAGCUAUGUCGACUCUCAAGAACCCGGCGAUUUAACGCAAGAUAAUGCUCUUGAUUUUGUCGAAAAGUUUCUUAAAGAUAACUCCAUGGAGUUUGAUCGAGGAGGUACCUGUAAACUGGAUGCCAUGGUACAAUCAAAGUCAAUUCCUAACCCAAAAGGACAAUAUGAUCUGGCUAACAUUGUUAACUGUAUAAGAAGAGUAGGAGAAUCAAAAGUUUUUGACUGGGACGAUAAUCGGGAAGAUGAGACAGGUGGGGAUCUUUUCUGCAGAAGGAAGGAAGAGUUCUUUACAGAACCUCGAAAACUGAAAGGAAGAAGACCGGACUCGAAUGGUGCUAAGGAAGGAUCUUCUUUAAGUAUUGAGAAUACGAAAUCAAGGUUUUUUUGUUCUGAAUCACGUCUAGAGUUGGGUAAAGGAAAAGAGAACAAUGAGUCAACCCGAGAAACCACCAUCAAAUGUAAAAAGAACCUACGUAAGAAAUUGGACCAACAGAAUGAUGGCGUUCCAUGUAAGGGACAGUUGGAAGAUGAUGUCAUCGAGCCUGAUGAGCAAGAAGUCCUUAAUGUCGGUUUUGAUACUCAGAUGGCAGCCGAAGCAAUGGAAGCAUUAUUCCAUGAUGGGAAUAUCGAUAAAUUAGUUAAUAAUGGAGAAAAUAAACGUUUGGAAAAUAGUCGGAAGGAUUCUUUUGGUGGUUCUCCUGCUGGAAAACCAGACUAUAGCUUGAACUUAAGGCAAUCUGCUAAAAGGGGACGUGCUAAGAAAAGAAACACAGUCAAUACUGAAAGAAACAGGCAAAGGGUGUUGUCACAGAGGAGUUCUGGAAAUCUCAUCAAGUCUUGUGAAAAUGAGACUGUAAAAAUGCCGGGGAAGGGUAAGAGGACAAAUGCUGAUAAAAUCAGUGAGAACGAAAACUCUGGUUGUGUAUCCAAUAAUGGAUGUAGGACGGUUCAGAAGUGGCCUUUAUGUGAAAAAGUUGUCGAGGUUUCACCUGUUGCUCAUCGAACUAGGCGUUCGAGGAUAGCUAAUCAAUCAAAAAAUGCUAAAGCAAAGAGAACGAAAGCUACUGAGGCAGUUUCUAAAACACUCAAUAUGAAGACGAAAAAAGGCACUAAAAAUGAUGCAAUUAACUCUGCAGGAGAACGAAGUUCAUGUGGUAUGUUAGCUGGUGAGGUCGGUCUAUCUGAUAAAUUUCUCGGGCAAACUGUGAACCGGCGCAAAAGGUCGCGUAACACACAGAAAACACGAUCAUCAUUACGUCUGCUUUCGCCUCUUUCUUUAAAUGAGAACUUGGAAGGACCAACUGUUGACAGAACAGAUGCAGAAAAUGCUCAUGUUUUAAGUUUAACCGUCGAUAUGAAUGUUAACAAAAAGAAUGAUGGACGUACAGUUUCGUCUGUUGUAAGGACUACGUUGGAGGAAUCUCCUAGUAAAAGGCGUAAACCAUCUAUCUUGGUUUGUACUACUCCGCCUGAUAACUGUAGAACACCUGUAAAUGCUGCAUCACCAGUUUGUAUGGGCAACGAGUACUACAAACAAUCAUGCAAAAAGAGCCGCUCAAAAUCAUGUCUUCUGAAAGAAAUCCGUGACUUAACUGCGACGGGGCUUGUAUCGGGAUCCUUAUCGACUGAAUCAAGGAAGCGAAAAGAUAUGAACGAAGUUCGAGUCUUGUAUAGCCAACACCUCGAUGAGGACAUAAUCAAACAGCAAAAGAAGACGUUGGCUCGCCUUGGGGUUACCGUGGCACCAUCCAUGACCGAGGCGACGCAUUUCAUAGCGGAUAAAUUUGUUCGUACGAGGAAUAUGUUAGAGGCCAUUGCUCAUGGUAAGCUUGUGGUGACACACCUAUGGAUUGAGAGUUGUGGACAGGCGAGCUGCUUCAUCGACGAAAAAAAUUACAUCCUACGGGAUGCCAAAAAAGAGAAGGAAUUUGGAUUUAGUAUGCCUGGUUCCUUGGCUUGUGCUCGGCAGCGCCCUCUUCUAGAGGGUCGACGAGUCUUAAUUACCCCAAAUACAAAGCCUGGGAAAGACGUCAUUUUGAGUUUGAUCAAGGCGGUAAAGGGUCAAGCAGUGGAGAGAAUUGGGCGUUCUAUGCUGAAGGAUGACCAAAUUCCAGAUGAUUUGUUGGUAUUGUCAUGUGAAGAAGAUUAUGAUUUCUGCUUGCCUUUUCUUCAAAAAGGCGCUGCAGUGUAUAGUUCCGAGCUGCUACUGAAUGGGAUUGUAACUCAGAAGCUCGAGUUUGAAAGGCAUCGUCUUUUCGUAGAUCAUGUCAAGAGGACUCGUUCAACGAUAUGGCUCAAAAAAGAUGGCAAUAAGUUCCAUCCCGUUGCUAAACAUCAAUAACUUUAUUACUUAUUCGUUGAUUUUCUCUUGGGUUAUGUUAUUUCUAGGUGUUGCAGUCUGUACAUUAUAAUCAUAGUUUUUUCCUUUUUUAAACUUUAAUCAUAGUUUUGAUGUGCUCUAUAUAGUAUAUAUUAGCUUUCUUUAGUUUCAUGUAAAUUUUUAUGCUGUAAGAGAACAAGAGAGGUACAUGUUUUAUCAUUUUAUUUAUUCUUUUUAUUGUUUUUAACUCGUCGAUG